CAAAUGUUUACUGAAAGUGUCGUGAUAAAGGAUAUUAAAGUCGAAAACAAGGAACAAAUAAACAGCACGUGUGCGUCAACCAUAUGCUUUUAUCAUAUUGGACUAUCUGUACUGGCUGAAGGAGCGGAAAGCGAACAGAGAAAGAAUGGAUAGAGCUUUUACACUAAGUCUUUUCAUGUGGUUGAUUUUUGGUGGGCAGUUAGCUGAAGGCUUAUCUUUUAUUCUGUCAGCAUCGCGAGUAAACCUUGGAACUACAGGAACGUUGAAAAUGGUAUGUGAUGUUACCGAAAAAGAUGCAUCUGUGAUAUACAGCAUUCAAAUACGGAGAGAAACCGACCCAGGAUCAAAGUACAGAUGGCAAACCCUUGCUGAAAUUGAAACAAGUGUAACCGAAGUUCCAGUAUUAGAUAAAGACAUUGUAAAUGACAAGGACUUUGUUGUUGGUGGUGUAAUUGAUAAUGAUACUCCAAUCAACACUUAUUUAACAUUAGAUAUGAAUAAAGAGAAACUGACAUGUAGUGACGCCAGAGACUAUAGAUGUGAGCUUACCUAUAAAAGUAACAUUACUGGUAGCGUUGCCUCUGUUAAAAGAAAUGCCAGCCUUUCAGUAGUAGGUAAGUUUGUUUUUCCGAUUUGGGAUAAUGUUAUAGUGUUAAAUUUUUACACUUAA